CCUCCUCCCCCCUCGCUCACUCCCCCUUCGCUUCCCGUUGGUGGAAGAGAGUUCUUCAAGCUGAAGAUAUUUGCCCAGAGCUUAGCUUGAGCAGCAUCUACCGAACCGCUACCAUUCCUAAUAGUGGUGGGGAAACCAUUCCUAAUAAUACCAUUCAUCCGUUUUAGAAUCUCGGGGUAAUCUCUUCGCAGAAGCGGCUUGUGAUAUGUGGAACGAGCGCGGCGGUGCCGCGUUGGAUCGCCGCUGUGCGUCGUCGCCGUCAUUGCCGUCGUCGCAGUCGUCGCCGUCGCCGUCGUCGUCGUCCCCUGUGGAUUCCUGCUUAAGGCCGAGCCGACGCCACGCGGCGUUCCCUCGUGGCUCGCUCCUCCCCACCACCCCCACCACUCUCAGCGUGUCCGUCGCCUCCUCCUGGUGUAGCAGCAGCAGCAUGCAGCUGAGGGAUCCAGGAGAGCCCUUCCAUUCCGCUGCUGGGUGCAACCGCGCUCUCCCGCCCGUCUCUUCCCCCUCCUCCUCCGCCGCCUCCUCCGCGCACUCGUCUCCUGCUCGCGUAUUCGCCUCACCGCCUGCCACGACGCUAUGAAACGGCUUCUCGACGCGUUGAGCUGAACCUACCGAUCCACCUGCAGAGAACUUUUUCGCCUCGUGAAGCAGAUUCAUGGCCGUCAGGUGUGCUUGAACCGUUUAUCCUCACGCACCGUAACUCUCAAGCUCUCGCUUCCUUGCUCUUCGUCCUCGAGCCUCGUUCCACGGGGAGUUUUCGCAGUCGCGACUCAAAGGCCCCCCUCACUGCCAUCCCUCAGCCAGUUUUCGCCCCUCGGCUCAACCGCUCAGUCGCCAGGAUCGUUCGCUCUGAGACCAACGUUCUUUACGUCGCGCCACGCUUCGCAACUCCCGCUUCUCUUCGUAGACCACUCUCAUCAUCCACUACCCUACUCGUCACCUACUCUCAUCGUUCGAACCUGGUUCUUGGACGGGCCCCCCUGCGUGCUGCUGUCGCCCAUCACCCGCAUCUCCCGCUGACGUCCUCUCGUGGCUCCGGUGUUGACGCGUUUUGAGGCGCCUCAAACCUAGGCUCCCCUGCGUGCUGCUGUCUCCCAUCACCCGCAUCUACCCCUCACGUCCUCUCGUGGUUCCGGUGUUGACGCGCCUUGCGUGGUCGGCCGGCCGUUUGACGCGAGACUGCUCGUCCAGUGAUUCGCCCUCCGAACCGAACCGAACCGAACCGAGCUAUCCAUCUGCCUUGGCGUCCAACAUGGCGAUACCGUCGGACGAGACGGUGGUGGUGCGCAAGGGGCAGGGGCCGCGCGAGGCGUCGGAGAUAACGGUGAACUGCCCGGACAAGGUGGGGCUGGGCUGCGACCUCACGCGCAUCAUGUUCGAGUUCGGGCUCAACGUCGUCAAGGGCGACCUGUCAACGGAUGGCCGGUGGUGCUUCCUGGUGUUCUGGGUGGUGCCGCGCACGCGCUCGAACAAGCCCAUCAAGUGGUCGCUCCUCAAGCACCGCCUCCUCGCCGCCUGCCCCUCCUCCGAACCCGUCUUCUUCUCCCGCCCCUCCCACUCCUCCCCCGCCUCCUCAUCCUCCUCCUCCUCCUCGUCCUCCUCUGCCCAUUCCUACGGUCUUCCCUCGUACGGAAUCACCUCGUCUAGUUCCUACCGCCCUUCGUCGUCGUCCUCCGCUCUUGCGGUGUCGUUAGGUGGGGGUGGUGGUGGUGGCGGGGGGGUGAAUAAGGCGGCUGCGCGUGUGUUCCUGCUGCAGGUGCAAGCUUCAGACAGAUGCGGCCUCUUGAAUGACAUGACGCAGCUGCUGUGGGAGUUGGAGCUGACCAUUCACCGCGUCAACGUGUCAACCAGCCCGGACGGCCAGGCCAUCGACUUCUUCUUCGUCACCGACAACCGCAAGGAACUGCCCGGCAAGCACCGGUCGGAUCAGAUCAUAGAGCGAGUGAGAGACGCCCUGACCCUCUCAGGCCUCAGCAGAGGCGGCGCUAAGGGCCUGCUAGCGUCCUCCGGCGCCCCUGGCACCACAGGCGCAGGGGGAGGGGCAGGAGCAGGGUACGGGGGUAGGGCAGCAGGAGCAGCAACAGGAGCAGCAGCAGGAGGUGCAGGAGGGAAGGGCGGGAGGAGUGGUGUCAGCAGCGGGGCCAUUGCUUCGUCCCUAGCUGCUGCCCCUGCUGCUGUUGCUGGUGUGGGUGGCGGGGGUGGUGGCGGCGGCAGGGACGGCGAGUGUGAGUCAGUGGUGUGUUCCAUAUCGCCCACCACUGGCGCUGACGCGGCAGACAUAGCCGAUCUGAGCCUGGGCGUGUCGGAGUGUAUACCUUACGCAGUGGAAAAGUUUCUACUAGGUGAGUUCAACACCCCCCCUAACAGUCCGCCUCGGAGCUUCUUCUCCAGUGAUGCUGCUGCACGUGCUGCCGCUGCUGGUGGUGGUGCUGCUGCUGGUUCUGCGGCCGGUGCUGGUGUUGCUGGUCGAUUGGGUGUUGCGGGGCAGGGGUCGGUAGGAGCGGGAGGAAGCAUGAGCAGGGGUAUGGGCGUGGGUGGGCCGGGUAGCAGAGGUAGGUCGCAGCUGUCUUGCGAGAUGUCAGCAGCAGCAGCAGCAGCAGCAGCUUCGUCAGCUGCAUCUCCUUCCAUCCCACAGGUCUCAACGGCACCAAGUGGAGCAGCAGCGGAUGGUAUGCGGGCAAUCUCAACAGCAUCAGCAUCAUCGUCAUCGUCAGCAUCUACAGCAUCAUCAGGGUUAACGGCAGCAUCAGUAGCAGGCACGGGGCUAGAGAUUGACUCGUCUGACCUGGCUUUCUCCCCUGUGUUCUCCGAGGGUCUGGGCCCCUCCCAGCGCCCCCCCUCUGUGGCGCGGGUUACUGUGGACAAUGGCAUGUCGCCUGCUCACUCCAUGCUGCAGAUCCAGCUGAAGGACCGCAAGGGGCUGGUGUAUGACUGCCUGCGCACGCUCAGAGAUCUCAACAUGCAGGUGUCAUACGGCCGCAUUGCUACGACGGACGACGGCAUAUGCCAGCUGGACAUGUUCGUAGUGGAUAGCAACGGCAGGAAGGUGGAGGGCGCGGCGCAGCAGGCACUGAUCAGCGCGCGGCUCACAGCGGAGCUUGAGCGGCCACUGCGCAUCGUGGUGGUCACGCGCGGAGGCAAGGGGAGCGUGGUCGGGUCGGUGGAGGGAGGGGAGGUCAAGGAGCGUGCGAGUGGUGGUGCUGCUGGCAGUGGUGGUGGUGGGAAGUUGGGAGGCGGGAUGGGCAUGGGCAUGGGCAUGGGGAUGGGGCUAGGGAUGGGUCUGGCUAUGGGGAUGGUGGGGAUGGGAAGGAGCGCUGCUGCUCCUGCAGCAGCACCGGUUUCUGCAGCAGCUGGGAGGUCUGCAAAAUCAGGGCCAACAGUGGCAGCAGGAGCAGGAGCAGCAGGAGCAGCAGCAGCAGUGGUAGGAGCAGGGGCUGGAGGUGCAGCAGGGGCGUUCUUAUCCCCAUCAUCUGCAUCCUCGUUAAGAGCAGGUUCAGCAGCAGCAGCGUCAGUGGCAGCAGACGAGGCUGCAGAGGCGGAGUUGCUGGUGGCAACGCCAGUGGAGUGCUGUGGGCGGGGCAGGCCACGCGUGCUGUUCGACAUGACGCUCGCCCUCAGGCAGAUCAACGUGCAGGUGUUCAAGGCGGACAUCGCGCGGCAUGAGAUGGGCGGGCGCACAUGGGAGGUGUACCGGCUCAUUCUUCAGGACAAGGGCGGGCAGCCCAUCGCCAAGCUCAAGACGCGCCUCUACAUCGCGGACCAAGUCAGGAACGUGCUCAUGGGGUGAUGGAUGGGCCCAUGGGGUGCUCAUGGGGUGAUGGGGUAGCGUGCUCAUGGGGUGGAUGGGGUAGCGUGCUCAUGGGGUGAUGGGGUAAUGUGCUCAUGGGGUGAUGGGGUAAUGUGCUCAUGGGGUGAUGGGGUCAUGUGCUCAUGGGGUGAUGGGGUAAUGUGCUCAUGGGGUGAUGGGGCGACGGGGUAGCGUGCUCAUGGGUUGGUGGGGUAACGUGCUCAUGGGUUGGUGGGGUAACGUGCUCAUGGGUUGAUGUGCUCAUGUGGUGAUGGGGUGGAUAGGCGCACUGGCAGACAGCAGCAGCCAUGUGCUGUUGCAUGGUUGACCCUGUUGUUCCAUGGCAUGGCAUGGCAUGGGGUGCAGCAGUUCGUUUUUGAGCUGCUAUGCCAUUCCGAACGUGGCAUGGGGUGGGUGACCUGACCAGUACUCAGUGACCUAGCGUGGGCUGGCACGUGGCUUCUGUGCACAGGGUCUCUGAUACUCAGUACAAACACCGGUUCUCUCACUCAUGUUACACGGGUUGCUAAGGGCGAAUCCUAAAAAGUAGGAGCAGAGUCAAUAAUGUUCCUGAUCCUGCUGUUUUGCUAUGCGCACAUCAGCAAUCCUAGAAAACCAUCGCAAGUGAGUUUCGCGCGUGCGAACCUGGAACCUGGAAGCCUCACACGAUCACACGUCUACACUGUCAACUUAUACAUAUGAUGUUAUGUAGAAGUUUGUAGGCUAGAUAGGUGAAUGUUCUUCUUAGUGAGUACAACCCUAACACUAAAUCUCUCUUGUUCUCCCUUGU